GUUGAGGGUCCAAGAGCGUCUUGGGAACAUAGCGAAGACAUCGCGCAAGUACAAGGCAUCGCAGCUUUCUCCGCUUUCGACUUGAGACGUUGACUCCUCUGAGGCUUCGACAUGAAGGUGUCUUUACUAGCCGUUUUGCUUCUCGGUAUUGUUGCUGCAACAUACGGGCAAGGUGAAUGUGGCAGUAACCCGUGUGAGAAUGGCUCAGUGUGUCAAGACGGAGAAGGGACAUACAUCUGUGAAUGCCAGAUGGGCUAUGAUGGGCAAAACUGCGAUCGUUUCACAGGUGCAAACUGCGGAUAUAAUAUCUUCGAAUCGACUGGAGUGAUCGAGUCUCCCAACUACCCGGCCAAUUACAAUAACCGAGCCGACUGUCUCUACCUCGUCCGGAUCAAGGGUGCACGUGUCAUAACCUUUACCAUCGAGGAUUUCGCGACCGAGAUCUUUAAAGAUGCUGUUGAGUACGGUGUGGGCCCUGUCGCUGAUUUCAACCAAGCUCUGGCAACCUUCGAAGGAAACCUGACUGCAAAUAACCAGGUCCCACCUCCGUUCUCAGUCCAGGGAGAACAAGCCUGGUUCAUCUUCUCGACAGAUCGUAACAUCCCCCGGAAGGGAUUCAGAAUCACAUUCUCAUCAGAUGGAGACGACUGUACCCCUAACCCCUGUCUGAAUGGCGCAACUUGCGUUGACCAGGUCAAUGAUUAUCAAUGUAUCUGCGCUCCUGGAUUCACCGGAGAUAACUGCGAAACAGAUAUUGAUGAGUGUGCUAGCGCCCCUUGCCGUAACGGUGGUGCAUGCGUAGACCAGGUCAAUGGAUACACCUGUAACUGUAUUCCUGGAUUCAAUGGAGUCAACUGCGAAAACAAUAUCAACGAAUGUGCCAGCAUUCCUUGUCUGAAUGGAGGGAUCUGUGUGGAUGGUAUCAACCAGUUCGCCUGCACCUGUCUCCCUGGAUACACGGGAAUCCUUUGUGAAACCGACAUUGACGAAUGUGCAAGCAGCCCAUGCCAAAAUGGCGGUUCCUGUACUGACGCUGUGAACAGAUAUACAUGUGAUUGCCGUGCUGGAUUUACUGGAAGCAACUGUGAGACAAAUAUCAACGAGUGUGCCAGCAGCCCUUGUCUUAAUGGAGGCUCGUGCUUGGAUGGAGUUGAUGGUUACGUUUGCCAAUGUCUUCCAAACUACACGGGCACUCACUGCGAGAUAUCACUGGAUGCCUGCGUGAGUCUGCCGUGCCAAAAUGGCGGAGUAUGUACGAACGUUGGUGGCGAUUACGUUUGUGAAUGUCUACCAGGAUAUACUGGCAUUAAUUGCGAAAUCGAUAUUAACGAAUGCGCUAGUCUACCGUGCCAGAACGGUGGCGAAUGUAUCAACGGUAUAGCCAUGUACAUCUGCCAAUGUCGUCAAGGAUACGCCGGUGUGAACUGCGAAGAAGUUGGAUUCUGUGACUUGGAAGGCUUGUGGUAUAACGAGUGUAAUGAUCAGAUCACCAUCAUCAAGACCUCGACAGGAAUGAUGCUUGGAGAUCACAUGACUUUCACUGAACGUGAACUCGGAGUCGCAGCCCCUACCGUGAUGGUCGGCUACGCAAGCAACAAUUACGACUUCCCAUCAUUCGGAAUCACCGUAGUCCGUGAUAAUGGACGCACGACCACCAGCUGGACUGGUCAGUGUCAUCUAUGUGAUGGUCAAGAGGUCUUAUAUACCACAUGGAUCGAGAGCAGCAUGGUCAGUACCUGUGAGGAGAUCAAGAGAGCUAACAAGGUUGGACAGGAUAAAUGGACGAGGUACGAGCAGAGCUUCGCUCCACAACCCGACGCAUAAAGAGAUAGUUCACCUCAAUUUACUCAUAUAAAAACAUAGUUGUGGGUGGAAACAAAUCCGCGUGUGUUUUAAUAAAAAUCAUUUUAAACAGUGUUUAUAUUCAAUACUAAUGUAUUUUAUCGUUUUUUAACACAUUAAAAUAAUAGAUUAGAAUU